AUGCGUGCAGUUGUGUUCAACGGGAAAUACGACGUCAGUGUGGAGGAUCGACCCUUGCCGCAAAUCGAGGAUCCUAGAGAUAUUAUUGUCAAAGUGCAAUAUGCUGGGCUUUGUGGAACCGAACUACACAUGUAUCGCGGUCAUCACGAGGUCCCUCGGGGAUUCAUUUUGGGACAUGAGUUUAGCGGCACUGUGACCCAAGUCGGGGAUGAUAUCAAGUUGUUCCACGUUGGGGAUAAGAUUACAUGCCCAUUCUCGAUACAGUGUGGGGAAUGCUUCUACUGCACUCGUGGCCUAACCUCCCGUUGCGUCAAGGUUUCAUUGAUUGGCACCACAGCAUUAGAUGGAGCUCAAGCUGAAUAUUUGCGGAUCCCUUUGGCAGAUAGUACUGCUGUCCUAGCCCCCCCAGAAAUCGAUGAGAAGCUUCUUGUUUUAAUGGCUGAUAUUUUACCUACUGGGUACUUUGCCGCCAGUAACGGCUAUGCUUUGCUGAAAGACACGGAGAGAAAGGACGCAGUCGUGGCUGUGGUCGGCUGUGGUCCGGUUGGUCUGUGCGCCAUAGUAUCAGCCCUCCAAUUCAAGCCGAAACAAUUAUUCGCCAUUGACUCCAUCCCUGAUCGACUCGAGAGAGCAAAACAACUGGGCGCUGAGCCGCUGAACUUUGCCACUGAUCUUGAGGGGCUGAAGAAGCGCGUGUUUGAAGUCACUGAAGGAAGGGGAAUCGAUGUUGCACUUGAAAUUGUGGGCCAGAGUCCGGCAUUGAGGCUGGCGUUUGAUAUACUGCGGCCCUGGGGUGUUAUCAGUAGCAUCGGUGUGCAUUAUGGAGAGGUUCCAUGGACUGGAAAUGAGGCGUAUCAUAAGAACUUGCGAUUGCAAAUGGGCCGCUGCCCGGUUCGCGCCGUCUUCCCUCCAGCACUCGAAGUGUUGAAAAAGGCACAGCAUCUAUUGGGCUUCAUGUGUGACAACAUCAUUUCCAUAGAGGAUGCCGAGGAGGCAUAUAGGCAAUUCGAGAAAGGUAAAAUCCAAAAAGUCAUAUUCGCUUUUGGGGAUGAUGUGCCAAAGAAAAGGCUAAAUGUUGCUUGA